AUGGGGAGAAACUGUCAGGCUAAGCUGGAGAAGGCUCCAAGCCAACCUUUCCCCACCCCUGCAGUCCAGGUCGGUUCGGGUGCUGACGAGAGAGAACCCAGAAGACAGCUCUGGGCCUUCGCCCAGGAAGAGCCCCACAGCCUAGCUCCUUCCUGUCCCCUGGUGGGCCCUCACUCCUUCCUUCUGGAUGGAGGCCCGUGGGGCCGGGAGGGUAUAAAGGGCAGGCGGAGGGUGCCCAGCACGGCCAGACGACCCAGUGCAGACACUCCUGGGCGGCCAGAGGCCAUGCUGCUGCUGCUGACUCUCGCCCUACUGGGGAGCCCCAUCUCCUGGGCAGAUGAUAUGGUCGGGCAUCAAGGAGGACACAAGUAUUUCAGCACCCCUGAGAGCUGCUGUGAUUUAGUCACCGGGAUUCGCGUGGCCACAGAUAUUAUUGGCAAAAUAAUAAGUAUCCAGGUGAAGGUGGGAGACUCCUGGCAAGAAAAAGCUGGCGUUUCAGGUGGGCACAUCCAGGAAUUUGAGCUGUGGCCGGGCGAAAUGAUCAAAAAGCUCAACGGCUCGUUCAAACUGUACAUGAGGCAGCUGUGUGUGCACACCAGCGAGGAACGCUCUUUCUGCUUUGGGAAGGAAAGUGGCACGCCUUUCACCAUCUACCCCAAGGAAAAGGGACAGAGUCUCACCGGCAUCUAUGGCCAUUAUGAUCUCUUAGGCUUCAAGAACUUUGGCUUUAGAUGGGGUUUUCUACCAGAUGAUGAAUGUGAAUAG